AUGGCUUCCUUUGUUCCGUCUGUUACCUUUGCUUUUGGUUCGGACACGCGGGUGACUCUCCCUGAGUCCCUGCUCGCUAGUCCGCCGGUUGGGGGGAUCACUUUUGGUUCCUUCACUGACUCGGCCUUCGUCACUCUUGGCGGGCCGACCCCGGCGGAGGCUACUGCAUUCUCUCCUCCUCAGAGGAGAGGACGCACAGCCAUGCGUCCUUUCGGACUACCAGCUGCUCGGCGGACAGCUCGGGCAUCUGCUCGUCCCGUUCCUGUACUUGUGCAGCCAGUGCGCGCUGUGGCUAGGCGACCAGUGCCUAGGCCACAUUCUGUUCCAGUUUGUCCCGCGGCUAGGCGUCUAGUGACUACCGCUCCUGCUGCACAGGUUGCCCCGGCCCCUCAGCGCCGGCAGCCUGCUACAGUUAUUCCACCUAUUCGUAUAGCGGUCAGGCGACCUGCGCUUGCCGCUCUUGUUGCUCAUGCUGCUCCGGCCCCUCAGCACCGACAGCCUGCUACUGUUGUUACUCCCGCUGUUCCAACGGAAGUACCUCGCGUUUGGGUUUCCCCUCCCGCUUCCACCAGGAAGAGGGGUGCCCACACCGAGGUGCCUUCACCCUCUUCUGGAUGA